UGCCUCAGUCCUGAGAUUAUUUCUCACUUUACAAGGAGUCAGAAGGCCUGGGGAGCUGGCAAAGACUUCUUUUCAAUUCUUCUUAACCCCUCGCUCCUGUGUUUCUCGGGAAUGCUGCUGUGCUUGUGUGUCUGGUCUCCAGGCGCUGUGGUGGAUGGGCACUGGUGACAGCACCAUGGGACCAGGUAACAUUCUCAUUUUGAUGGCCCUCCUGCACUCUGGUGCUGCCUUCUUGAAGAGUGAAGCUUAUUUCAAUGAGACUGCAGAACUGCCAUGCCAGUUUUUAAAUUCUCAAAACCUCAGCCUGAAUGAGCUGGUUAUAUUUUGGCAGGACCAGAAAAAGUUAGUCCUGUAUGAAUUUUAUUUAGGGAAAGAAAACUUAAAUAACGUGGAUCCCAAGUAUAUGCAACGCACAAGUUUUGAUCAGAACAGUUGGACUCUGCGGCUUCACAGAGCUCAGAUCAAGGACAAGGGCGUCUAUCAGUGUAUCAUCCACCACAAAAGCCCCACAGGACUGGUUCCCCACCACCAGAAGGAUACUGAGCUAUCGCUGUUUGCUAACUUCACUGAACCUGAAAUAGUGCAAAUGUCUAACGUAACAGAAAAUUCUGGCAUAAAUUUAACCUGCUCAUCUGGACAAGGUUAUCCAAAAGCUAUGAAGAUGUACUUUUUGCUAAAACUUGAAAAUUCAACUGAACUGGAGUAUGAAGGAGUCAUGCAGACAUCACAAGAUAAUGGUACAGAGCUGUAUAAUGUUUCCAUCAGCUCCUAUGUUCCACUGCCUGAUGGUGUGAGUAAUGUGACUAUCUUCUGUGUCCUGAAAGCUAAGUCAAUGAAGUCAAGAGAAAUAGAGAUUUGCUCCAAACCUUUCUGUAGAGUGCCUCGUCAACCUUCACCUAUUGCACACCAACCCUCCUGGAUUAUAGCUGUAAUUCUAAUAUUCCUGAUCUUAUGUGGGAUGGCAUGCUGUCUAUGGAAGAGGAAGAAGAAACAACGGAUUGUUGUCUCUAACAAAGGUGAUGAAAACCACCAGAAUGGAGAAAGAUACGAAUGAAGAGACUGAAGAAAGGUGAGGCCUGGCCCUGCAGCAUCGUUGAAGAGGAUGAAAAUCUAUGUACCUGAAAGACAUGACAGAGAAGUCCAGUGUGCUGUUUAACCAUAGUCAUCAAAAAUGCCACAUAGUUUUAAUUAAAGAAAAAUUUUUCUAUGAA